GCAAGGCUCUGGUGGCGGCGGCGGCGCGCGAGCCCUUCGUGUGCGCGCAGUGCCAGACGGAUUUCACGUGCCGCUGGCGGGAGGAGAAGAACGGCACCAUCAUGUGCGAGACCUGCAUGACCUCCAACCAGAAGAAGGCCCUGAAGGCCGAGCACACGAACCGCCUCAAGGCCGCCUUCGUCAAGGCCCUGCAGCAGGAGCAGGAGAUCGAGCAGCGCAUCCUGCAGCAAACGGCCCCCCCGGGGCAGCCCAAGGCAGAGCCCCUCGUGCAGCACCACUCGCUCAAGCAGAGUUCCAGCCAGAUGUCCCGAGGGGCCGGAGCCUCGCGGGGGGUCCUGCACAGCUUCAGCCCGUCCCCCAAACUCCAGAGCCCCUCGGCCUCGCUGGGCGGCCGGAGCGGGAAGCACGUGGAGCGUUCCGGGAGCAAGGGCAGCGCGGCCUGGAAGAAAACCCCCCUGAGCACGGGUGGGGCUUUGCCCUUCGUCAGUCCCAGCUUAGCCGUGCACAAAUCGGCCUCGGCCGUGGACCGGCAGCGCGAGUAUCUCCUGGAUAUGAUCCCGCCCCGCUCCAUCCCACAGUCGGCCACGUGGAAAUAAUGCCCGGCAAGACUUGUCCUGUUUCUGCCAUCCUUUUUAUACCACAGUUCCGUGGAAUCUGCUUUAAUCCCAGCUGGAUACGCCCCAGGCUUUCUAGGAUGCAAGAAGACCACUCCUCAUCCCACCGAGCGCCGCCGUCCCUGCCGAGAGGAGUGACCCCCGCGGGUCCCGGAUUCCGACGGAGGCUGGCAGGGAGGGGAAGGAUUCCUUCAUUUUUUUUUGGCUUUCUGUAUUUAGUUUGGAUUUUUCCGUCACCAGCACAAAGGACUCAGUGACUUCUCUCUGCCUUUGGGUUCGUUCCCCGGCGACAAACCCCGCGCCGGGCCCGCGGCGCCGGGUCGCGCUCCAGCGUGGAAUUCAGGGGCCAGGAGGGAGGAAUUCCAGCCCCAUCCUGCAUUUAGUGAGCCGAGUUCGUGGCUGCUCCUCUUCCCCUGCCCCCUCCUCCAGCCAGGAAGGGAGUCUACACAUCCUGAUAUUCCCAAAAUCUCCUUCUGGUGGUGACGAGCUAACGAUAAAUAAGUGCGGACUCCGAUUCCGGUUGAGUACGGUCCUUUUCCCAAGGGAUUGGCUGCCACCAAAACUUGUCUGGUCGGUGGGAGCCACGCAGGAGUCUCUCACUUUUGUUGGAUUCUGUUUGGAAUAGACUUUGGAACCGUUGGUAGUUUAAAAACCUAAUUUACUGACUAGACAAAAACCUUUGUUGGGUCUUUCUAAUUCAGCGAAGAGCAGUUGGGCCUUUCCUACGUUCCCGGAGACUCCGAAGUGAAACCGUUUGGGAUAAUUUUUCCUUUUGGAGGGGUUUUGGUUUCUCUUUUUUUUUUUUUUUUGUUUUUUUUUUUUUGUUUUGUUUCUCUUGUUGUUGUUGUUGUUGUUUGGAGGAAUAUUAACUCGAAAGAAUAGGAAUUCCAGGAGCUGCAUGCAAUCAGGGAGAGAGAGCGGGAGGCGCCGGCAGAUCCUCCCUCCGGUGAUUCCCACCGGGAAUUCCGGCCGUUCCCAGCACGUUUUGGGGGGGGAUCCCUUCCGAGUUCUUCCAGGCAUCCCAAGCAUGCUCCUCUAAUCCAUCACCAUCCCGCUUCGGGUGGAGCUUUAGGGGGAAAGUUUUGGUUGAUCCCAAAAAAAUCCCAUCGGGUCCGGUUUGGUUGGUUUUCGUUCCUCGUCCCUCCUCCUUCGUGCUUCUCCCGGGUUUCCAGUCGAAUUGAAGCGGCAGAAUUCCAUGCCUUACGCCUUGUGUUUGCAUAUCAGUGCUGGAAGGAAGUGCUGAUGAUGAGAAUUAUUUGGGAAAGUCUAAAUAUAUAUAUAUAUAUAAUCUAUAUAUCUAUAUAUAAGAGGGGGAAGGGGGUUCCGUCGGAGCCGAGUUUAUUUUCGUAGCAGUCGCUGGGAGAUCGAAACUUGAAGCCAAGAAUUCCUUAGGGUCGUGUCCCCCCCCUCGGAUCUGCCCGCGGCGUAGUGACAGAAUUCCAGCCUUUCCUUUCCCCCCCCCUCCUCCCUUUUUCCCUGCUGGGUGAAGAUCGAGAUUUAGGGAUUUUUUCCCAACCUCCUUGAAAAAAAACCCUCCUCGUUUUCCAAACUGGGAUUUGUUUGUUGCCGGAUAUAAAGCCCCGGAAUUCCAAUCUUCCAAAGGGAUCCGAAGAACUAAAAGGGGGACAGAGGAGGGGGAAUUGGGGUGAAGUUUUGGGAGGUUUCUGUUCAUUCCAGGCUGGUUUGGGUUGGGAAUAUGGAGGGAGAACUGGGAGUGCAUUUGCCUUUUGCACUUGAUAUUCCGGGAAAGUUUCAGUUCCUUCCCUGUGUGGAAUUUUUUUGGUUGGUUUCCGGGGAUUUUUUUUUUUCCCCUCUCCUCUGAUGAAUUCCUGUGUUUUCUCCUCGUCGAUGCCGAUGUUGGAUCUCUGUUAAAUCCCCUGGAAAAGUUUGUUUGGUUCAAAAAAAACCAAGGAAAACUCCUCAAAUUAAAAUCCAAAAACCUUUUUUUUGGGGGGGGGGAAACCUGGGCAACUUCCCAAUUAAUUCCCAGUGUUGGGGAACAACUUUGGAUGAUUCUGGGGAAAA